UUUGCUUGAAAACAAAGUAACCUCACCUACAAAAUGACCUGUUUCCUUCUUCACAAAGAACUGAGGUCGCGAACAAAUAUAGAAUAAGACAAAAUAAUAAAAGGGCUUGGUUGAUAUUAAGAUAAGAUGGGCCAAGGUAAAGGCUCAAUUAUCCUUGAUCUCGAGCUCAAACUCAACUUGACCAAAUUGUCUAAAAGAGGCUGCAGAAACCAAUGCUGCAAAAUUUCGUUGAACUACUACUGGAACCUGUUCAAGUAAAUCGAAAACAACUACUUGUUGGAGAGGGAAGUGCUCAAGUUCAAAGACUUGCAAGUCAAUCUACUUGGAAACAUGAUCUGACAGACUGCGAUGUACUUUGCUUCAUACUAUAUAGCUACUCACUUGCUAAUUGCUCAGAAUCUGAUUUCUCACAUGAACAAGUAUUUGUUCAGGCUGCGGCUGAUAGCCGGGGCUACAUCAUGGCUGUGUGCAGAGUCCCCAUUUGAUGAAGCCAAACAAAGAGUUCCACAAAAUCAUACGAUAGUUGAAUGCUCAUGGAAGUUAUGUUAAAAAUAGUGAGAUUCUAUUUUCUAAAGUUAAGGGAAGAUAUAAGCGCAAACUUGCAUGAGCAUGAAUGCAAUCUUAAAGAAAUGAAUGAAUAUAAAAACCAAUUAGAAAUUCCGGAGCUUUAA